CGAGCUGCUACUGUGCGCGUAUGAGAGAGGAGAGCGCGGCUGAGGAUCGGCUGGGGCUCUGUCUCCAGGCGAGCGGUGAAGAUGGUGGCGGCUUCUUGCCCUCGCAGGCUCGCCAGGCGAUCUCGCUCAGCUAUCGUGGCGGCUCUGACCGUGCUGCUCAUUCAGACUCUCAUCGUGUGGAAUUUCAGCAGCCUGGAUUCUGGGGAUGAGCAGAGAGGAGGCGGCGGAGGAGGCGCUGCUGCUGCGGGAGGCAGCAGCCGGGAGAAGAGGGACCGGGGAAGCGACAGAGAUGAUCCCCGGCUAGGACAUCAGCAGCCUCCGCAUCAACGAGUCGCGCGAGCUGCUGCGGCUGCCCUGCACAGCCAGGCUCUGGAUGGGUAUUUUUCUCACCGACCUAAAGAGAAAAUGCGGACAGACAGCAAUAAUGAAAACUCCGUCCCCAAAGACUUUGAAAACAUUGAUAACAGUAACUUUGCCCCUAGGACCCAAAGGCACAAGCACCAGACGGAGCUGGCCAAGAAACCUCUUAGCAAGCAGAAAGAACACUUGAAAAGAAAGUUGGCGCUCGACGAAAAGGUCAAAGAGAACUCUCUGUUGGGAAAAAAUUCCAAUGAGGUUUUACAUUACGAGGGCAAAAACCUCAGUAGUACCAACCUCAAGGAUGGAUCUAAGACGUCAAAGGUUCACCAUGCCAAGAAGAGCGGAAACAGCUCUCCAGAAAUGAAGUAUGAGCUGCCCCCCAAAUGUGAAAUAACCGGCAAGGAGGCCCUCUCGGCACUUUCUCGGGCGAAGACAAAACAGUGCCGUCAGGAAAUAGCCGAGGUCUAUUGUCAGCAUAAGCAAGGAAAACUUAUGCCGGAGAAGGUGACGAGACUCUGUCCUUUGGAAGGGAAGGCAAACAACAACGUGCAGUGGGAUGAAGACUCGAUGGAGUACAUGGCAUCGAAUCCUGUAAAGAUUGCCUUUGUUUUGGUUGUCCAUGGCAGGGCAUCCAGACAGUUGCAGCGCAUGUUCAAAGCAAUUUAUCAUAAGGACCAUUAUUACUAUAUCCAUUGUGACAAGAGGUCCAAUUAUCUGCACAGACAAGUGGUCCAGUUUGCCAGUCAGUACCCCAAUGUGCGUGUGAGCUCUUGGAGAAUGGCCACCAUCUGGGGAGGAGCAAGCCUGCUAUCCACUUACCUACAGAGUAUGAGGGACCUCCUGGAGAUGUCUGACUGGUCCUGGGAUUUCUUCAUCAAUCUCAGUGCUGCUGAUUAUCCAGUCAGGACGAAUGACCAGCUGGUUGCAUUCCUCUCAAGGUAUCGAGACAUGAACUUUCUGAAGUCACACGGCAGGGAUAACGCAAGAUUUAUCAGAAAACAGGGCCUGGACAGGCUUUUUUUGGAGUGUGACACACACAUGUGGCGUCUUGGGGACAGGAAGAUCCCCGAAGGUAUUACCGUGGAUGGUGGUUCUGACUGGUUCCUGCUCAACAGGAAAUUUGUGGAAUAUGUGACUUAUUCCAAUGACGAUCUGGUUACAAAGAUGAAAAGAUUCUAUUCUUAUACGCUGCUUCCGGCUGAGUCCUUCUUCCACACGGUCUUGGAAAACAGUCCCUAUUGCGAUACAAUGGUUGAUAAUAAUUUGAGAAUCACCAACUGGAACCGAAAAUUAGGCUGUAAAUGCCAGUAUAAGCAUAUAGUUGACUGGUGUGGAUGCUCGCCAAAUGACUUCAAGCCAUCUGACUUCCACAGGUUUCAGCAAACUGCACGGCCAACGUUUUUUGCUCGUAAGUUUGAAGCCGCCGUGAACCAAGAAAUAAUCGGGCAGUUGGACUAUUAUUUGUAUGGUAACUACCCGUCUGGAACGCCAGGCCUUAGAUCGUACUGGGAGAAUCUUUAUGAUGAACCUGAUGGCGUUCACAGCAUAAGCGACGUCAUGCUGACCAUGUUCCAUUCGUUUUCUCGCAUGGGUCUAAAGCGAGCAGAGGAGUCGUUGCACACAGAUGGAGAAAACAGUUGUAGGUACUUUUCCAUGGGCCAUCCAGUGUCAGUCCAUCUUUAUUUCCUCGCUGAUCGCUUUCAGGGCUUUCUCAUUAAACAUCAUGCCACAAAUCUUGCCGUCAGCAAACUGGAGACAUUGGAGACCUGGGUAAUGCCAAAGAAAGUUUUCAAGAUUGCUAAUCCCACCAGUGAUUUUGGAAGGCUGCAGUUCUCCGAGGUUGGCACUGACUGGGACGCCAAGGAAAGAAUAUUUCGUAACUUCGGUGGCAUUAUGGGGCCAAUGGAUGAGCCAAUAGCUAUGCAGAAAUGGGGGAAAGGACCUAAUAUAACGGUCACGGUGGUGUGGAUCGACCCCAUCAAUGUCAUUGCAGCGACCUAUGAUAUUCUGAUAGAAUCCUCUGCAGAAUAUACUCAUUACAAACCUCCGCUGAACUUACCGCUCAGACCCGGUAUAUGGACCAUUCGGAUUUUACAUCACUGGGUACCGGUGGCAGAAACCAAAUUCCUGGUUACCCCCCUCACUUUCUCUAACCGGCAGCCCAUAAAGCACGAGGAGCUGAGCAAGUUUCACGGCGGUCCUCCAAAAAAUGCAUAUAUGGAACAGAGCUUCCAGGGCCUAAAUCCGGUGUUGAAUAUACCUAUAAACUCAAUGUAUGUGGAAGAAGCAAAGAAGAAUGCAGCUCUUUUGGGGCCAAAGCUAGAAAACUGGGUUGACAAACUGGCUAACGACAUGUGGUCUGCGGUGGACAUCUGUACCACUGGACCAUCCUCCUGCCCGGUAAUGCAAGCAUGUGCCCAAACAUCGUGGAGUUCACUGAGCCCCGACCCCAAAUCAGAACUUGGCCUUGUCAAAUAUGACGGACGCUUGAGGUAGCAUCUGGUACGCCCUUUAGCGGCAUGGGAUUUAAAAGGGAAAUUAACCGUUUGUUCUAACAGUCCAACACAAUAUGUAUGAGCUAAUGAAAGGGUGUUUGCCUGACGGAUAGAAUAGAUAUUCCAUCCUCUGGCAAUGAACAGGUUUGCUUAACAGCAGCUCGGUUGCCACUGUUGGCUAACGUUUUGCAGGCUUAGAGUUAUAGCACUUCCCUGUAACUGGCGCACCAACCACAUACACUGACCAAGGGCUCAAACAUGCGAAUAUCUCAACUCCAAUAUCAAAACGCCAGAAGCCCCUGUUUUGUUUUUGUUUUGUUUUUUUUGCACAAAUGUCUUCUAUUUUUCUACUUUUGUGUAUUUUAACAUUUGUCAGUGUCAAUAAGAGUAAAAAUAGUCAGUUUUUUAUUUUAUUUAAUAAAGUGUUUCUUAAAUAGCAUUAUAAGAAGUUGUAUUGAAAGGUGGCCUUUAAAAAAAAUCCCUGUGUUGCCAAAGUGUUGGAAAAGCUUUGUACGAAUGUCUGGCCGCAGGAUAGCUGAUGCUUAAUUCCAUCAUGGUUGUUUGUCUCAGUAAGGGUCUUCGUAAAACUGUUUUUAGUGCAGAUGUGGAUUCUGGUUCAUUUCGAUCCAUUUUUUUCAAAGGCACUUUGGAAGUAAUGUAUAGAAUGCGGGAUACCUUUUAAGUGCUAUGGGGAGUGAGUAACAUAAUGCAGUGCUUCAUAGUCCCUCGAUAACACUCAUAUAGGACCUGCUUUACAUCUGGGGCUCCUGAGCUACAAACAGGUGCCUCCCAAAGCAGUGGCAAAGUGGAACCAUUCCCAUGGGGUUAAACAGGGGCCUCUAGGUACCUGCCUAGUGCACCGUUACAGAAAUCCAGCCCUGGGCUUAUAAGUAUACCCUGGAAUGCUCAGAAUUUGACCCAUAGGCACUGGAAGUCUGAGCAACCCAGGCUUGCAUGUAUGUUUAAUUAUCAGAUGGAGUGUGGGGAUUGGCCACUCCCACUUCCUAAAAAGUUUCUCUCUACUUCCUGUCCUUUUCUAGCCUACUUGUGGUUAGCCCCACCCCCACGUGCACAGCCCCUUCCU